AUGAUUGCAAUUCUGCUGGUGUCUAUGUCAGUGAUGUUGUACAGUGGUGGCCAAGGACUGGAGAAGCCAGCAUUCCUGCCAGAGCUUCUUGACACACCUGAGAGAAUCCUGAACAAUGCCACAUUUUUCAAUGGAGUCUUUCAGAAUGUGGAAAGUGUUGCAUUAUUUUUUGACUGCCUGGGUUCUCACUUCACCUGGUUACAGUCCAUCUUCACAAACUUCCCUGCCCUGCUCAACUUCGUGAACAGAAUGAAGUGUGUUACUGGGCUUUGUCCCAGGGAUUUUGAAGACUAUGGCUGCUCUUGUCGGUUUGAGAUGGAAGGACUCCCUGUGGAUGAAGCUGAUGAAUGCUGUUUCCAGCACCGCAAAUGCUAUGAGGAAGCGAUGGAGAUGGAGUGCACAUGGGACCCAUCAAAGAUUUCUACUGAUGUCAGCUGCUCUACUGAAAACCUGACCUGUGAGUCUGAGGAUCCCUGUGAACAGUUCCUCUGCAACUGUAACAAAGACGCCAUUGAAUGCUUGGUGAAGGCACAUAUUAACUCUUCCUUGAAUGGACUGGAUAUUUCCUUUUGUCCACCUCUGCUUACAGACUUACUUCAUCAUGGGAUUGAUGGAACACAGCCUGCAACUGCAUCCAUGGAAGAAGUGAAGUCCUUUGAGCCCAGUGAGAUGGUCCUGGGGACUUCCAGAGCCAGAGUUACCACAAGGGACCACAGAGUUACAGCUCCUGCUCCCCCCGUCCUCUCCAUAAAAGAGGAAGACGGAUUUAUGGAAGCUGUAGUGUCAGUGGAAGAGAUAAACACGACCCCAGCCUCAUUCCCAGGAGGUGUUAACUCACUGCUAGUCAAAAUUGUUCCCACAGAGAAGAUUCCUGCAGUCAUAUCUGCAAAGACAAAGGAAAAGGAGACAAGCCCUGCAAGGGGUGGCCAGAGCACAACUUCUGGAAUAGCUCUGGGGGUGGUACUGUCUGACAGGAGAGCCAAUGAACCUGCAGGAAAAGUAUGUGAGCGAUUAACCUUUCUGCAAGAGAGAGGAAAUGGAAGAGCAAAACGGGAGCUGCCCCAGCUAGGAGAAAUGCUGUUCUGCUUAACUGAGCGAUGCCCAGAGGAGUUUGAGUCUUACGGUUGCUACUGUGGCCAAGAAGGGAGAGGUUAUCCUACUGAUGCACUGGACAGGUGCUGCUUCUCUCAUCACUGUUGUAUAGAGCAAGUUAUGAAACUUGGAUGUCAUGAAGAAAGAAGUUCAAGAUCUGAAGUUGUGUGUUUCGAUCAUAAACCAAACUGUGUUGGUUGGAGCAUAUGUGAGAAACUACUGUGCGCUUGUGAUAAGGCAGCCGCCGAGUGCAUGGCUGCUGCCUUCUUCAAUGAAAGCCUUCAACUUCCGCACAGUCAAGAGUGCCAAGAGGAGAAAAUCUCAUGUCAAAGUGACCCCUAUGAAAGGCCUUCUACAGGCACAGGAACAGGCACAGGGAUUUCCAGCUCCGAGGAGAGCAGUGAGGAGGAAGGCCCACUGGGGAGCGUAUUAAGAAGAGCAAAGAGAGAUACACAUCAUCGCAUUGGAAACUCCAGAGCUGUGCAACAUGGAGGCAGAUAA